GUAAUAGAACUUUGUAUGAUUUCACUCCAUUAGGCUGAUUGGUUUUUGCCCUGUAUGUUGAUUAUUACUCUGAUUGAUUAUAAGAUAUUACUAAUCUUAUACAACAGAACUAUGCCAAAGCUGCCACACGUGGAACUCCCUAUAAGUGCGCUUGUGUCAAUUAACAAAGGAAGUGUAUUCAUCCCAAUCCGAAAUAGGUGGAGUAAGCACUCUCUAACAUAAAGCUUCUCCGCAUUAUGUAUGCAUGCUGGAAUAGCGUGGUGAGGAUUGAGUGUUACGUGGAGGGGGAGUGGGAGGUAAUCGGAUUAAAGUGAAUUUGGUUCAAAUUGAGGCUUUUGACAGCAGGUUCUGCACUCUGGAGCAAGUAGCUGUCCACAGCAGACCUCUUCAUCAUUCACUGAGUAAAGAGAGCAGCAACCGCCAACAUGCCAGUCGAUUUGAACGGAUAUUGGAAAAUGAUUUCCAGCGAUAACUUCGAGGACUACCUGAAGGCUCUUGAUGUAAAUGUUGCCGUCAGGAAAAUCGCCACCUUGUUGAAGCCUGAUAAGGACAUUUCCCACGUUGGGGACCACAUAGUCAUCAAAACCCUCAGCACAUUCAAAAACUACAACAUGGACUUCCAUGUGGGCAAGGAGUUUGAGGAGGAUCUGUCUGGAGUGGAUGACAGGAAAUGCAUGACCACCAUCUCUUGGGAUGGAGACAAGCUGGUGUGUGUGCAGAAGGGGGAGAUAGAAGGGAGAGGCUGGACCCACUGGGUGGAUGGAGAUGAGCUUCAUCUGGAGCUGAGAGCCGGUGGAGUUGUUAGCCAGCAGGUGUUCAAGAAGUCCUAACUGAACAGGAUGGCACCCCCGGUUGACAUGGGCCUAAACAGACACACUAGAAACAUCCCAUGCCUCUGACAUCCAAUCCUACAUCUCCUCAUAAUGUCCAUCUAUCCAUGUGUUUUCCUGUAUUGAAAAUGUCAUGAAACACACAGUUAUAUUCCAUCAUAACUACUUUUCCAAAGCAAAUUCAGAGGGGCAGGGGCAUUAUGUAUCAUGUACCAUCACAACAUGCAAUACUCUAUAUCUGUCUAAGGGUGGGAGCUAUUUUGAUUAACAGUUUAGAAGUGUUGGCUGCAUGCAUACUGCUACUGGAGGUGAAACAUAAUCUGAAAUGACCUAAAGUGAUGGAUGGCAUUGAAGACAAGAGAGCGUGGGUUAAUCCCAUUUUAGUUCCCUUAAAAAUUGCUUUGGAUGGCAAAAAUACAAAUCUGAGUGUGUUUGAGGGCUGUAAACUUCUUCACUAAUGCUUAGUCUCCAGAAUGGAUAUAUAUGUAAUGAUGUGUAUUUAUCCCUCCCGGUUCCUUUGGGAAUGUGCCAAUAUAGUAAAAUGAAUCAAUCAAUAAAGUAAACAAUGCUUAAUUA